ACAAGACCCCACCUCGACCCAGGGAGUCCAUCAGGAGUUGGGGCUCCUGGAGCGUAGCCUCGGGGCGGGACCAGGGCAGAAGGACUCCGGUUCUCUCGAGAGGAGCACAGAAGAAGCCGAGUGUGGAGGAGCCGUCCACCCGGCGGGGCCUGCCCUGUGCUGCCGGCCCGCUGUGAGCUGGGUGUGCGCGUGGCUGGGUGCUCGGUCGCGCCCACACCUGCCUCCUUGAGGUGUGCAGGUGGCGGGUAAGGUGGGAGCGGGGCGGAGCGGAGGUCCAUCGGUUGGAGCAUCCAUGUUUCACCUCGGUGACUGCAGUGCUGUCCCCAGCGAGCGCCCGGGCGGGAGGGCUGCACCCGGCCAGGCAGGGCUGUGGGGCGGGGAAGGCCCGAUUCCCAGCGAAUGUGCUCUUGGCUCCUCUGUUUCCUCUGUUGCAAAAAGCGUUCCUCCCAAUUGUAAUGUGGGGCGCACACACAGUCCCCCUCCCCCGUUCUGGUCCCCUUGCCCUUUCCCGCACGUGGCCACCUCCACCCAAACGGUCCCUGAGGUCCCUGAGCCGGUUCCUCAGGGCAGCGCUCCCUGACCGUCAUGCGCGGGCUGUGGGCUUGCCACGGCCCGGUGCUGUUCCACCCAGCGAUCUUGUCCCGCUCCAGUGGGCAUUUUCACACUGCCCCUCGCUGUGUCCUCGCCCGCCUCCCUCUGGCUGCUCGUCGAAUCCCUCCUUUCAGCCUCAUAAAGGUGACGCUGAAUCCCUUCAGCUGACAGCUCCAGGCGCCUCCUCGGCCCGAUGCCCACGGUCACCUCAGCUGGACAUCGUCUUGCCCCCCUGCCUGUCCUGUGUGUCCCACACGCAUCCAGUAACGUGACUGGGUCCCUGGACUCCGGAGAGCGCCCCUCUGCAGCGCUCACUACCUUCGGUGCGGUCCGUGUGUCUCUGUGCAUUUGCAGCUUCCGGUGCCCGGUGCCCGCUUUGCCCCCCCCCACCCACCGCGGGCAGCAGCUUCAACCCCCGCUCGCUGCUUCCAAGCCCCAGCAGGUCCCGUUCAAACACAGCGACCCAGACUUCUUAGUGGAUGUCUCGCAUCGCUUUCGGAAAGAAAUGAAGGGGUGUUGCAGACUAGAGGGGAGCUAGGACCCCGCUGGCCCUCAAGCAGGGCUGUCGGAAGCGGGCCUCCGGCGCUGGCCCAGGCGGAGUGGAUGGUGCCUUUUUCAGGGCGAGCCGUCAGCCGAUCCCCCGUGGCAUCCGCAUCCCUGUGUCAGAACCACCGGGGCCUCCCCGCAACUGACUUCAUCCGAUGGAGUCGCAGGGUGAGAAGCCGGCAGAGUCCGACGGGGUGCGCGUCACACCCCAGCUGCUCAAGUCUCGCUCGGGUGAGUUCGCGCUGGAGUCCAUCCUGCUGCUGAAGCUUCGGGGCCUGGGGCUGGCGGACCUGGGCUGCCUGGGGGAGUGCCUGGGGCUCGAGUGGCUGGACCUGUCGGGCAAUGCGCUCACGCAGCUGGGCCCGCUGGCCUCCUUGCGCCAGCUGCUGGUGCUCAACGUGGCCGACAACCGGCUGACGGCGCUGGAGCCGCUGGCCGCCUGCGAGAACCUGCAGAGCCUCAACGCCGCGGGCAACCUGCUGGCCACCCCCGGCCAGCUGCAGUGUCUGGCCGGCCUGCGGGGCCUCGAGUACCUGCGGCUUCGGGACCCCCUGGCCCGGCUUAGCAACCCACUGUGCAGCAGCCCCUCGUACCGGACGGCCGUCCGAGAGCUGCUCCCUGGCCUCAAGGUCAUCGACGGUGAGCGUGUGACCGGCCGGGGCAGCGAGUUCUACCAGCUGUGCCGGGACCUGGAUAGCUCCCUGCGCCCCAGCCCCAGCCCCGGCCCCAGGGCCACCGAGGCCCAGCCCUGGGUGGAGCCAGGCUACUGGGAGUCUUGGCCCCCCCGGAGCAGCUCCAUCCUGGAGGAGGCCUGCCGUCAGUUCCAGCACACCCUGCAGGAGUGCCACGACCUGGACCGCCAGGCCCGAGACAGCUUGGCCCAGGCCGAACGGGCGCUCAGCCCUGCCAGCACCACCUCGUCCUUCGUGUUUUGAGUGUGUCUGCGGUCUGUGGCAGCUGGGCCCACUGUGGCCUGGCUGCCCGCCUCUGCCCCCCUGCAGCGCCGGCUCUUUGUUUCCCCGUCUUCCUAAGAGCAGCCCCCCCCCCCCCCGGGCUUCUCCUCCUUCAGGAAGAUUCCACAACCUCCCCCGUGGCCUCUAGCAGGGGUAAGGGCCCUGUUCAAGGGGCACGCCCAGCAUGAGGCCGUCCCACCACCUCCACCGUGAGCCUGGGGAGGAGGCCUCUGGAGGAGACGGUCUACAGCCGCAGCCACCCCUGGCCAGAGGCUCAGUGGGAGAGAGUUGCUUCCUCCUAAAGCUAGAUGUGAGAAAGGCAGAGAGGGGGUGCAUGCUGGCCCAGCGGGUCCUGGGAGAGGAAGUGGCAGAGCCCCAAAGGUGGCGUUCGCCCACCUUCCCACAUUGCCUGUCCCGGUGACCCCCUGCUAUAGUGGCUCAUCCUGUGUCACCCUGGAGCCCUCGCUGCCUGUUCUUACCCACGUGGAUCCCUAUUAAAUCUCUCUGUUCUAAUAAG